CCCAGAUGGAAGGGGCGGAGCCGCGGCUCAGGCGCGCUGCGUGUACAUCACUUCCGGCGAACCCUUCGGCGACAACGGCAACAUGGCCCUGAACGGCGCUGAAGUCGACGAUUUCUCCUGGGAGCCCCCGACUGAGGCGGAGACGAAGGUGCUGCAGGCACGACGAGAGCGGCAGGAUCGCAUCUCCCGGCUAAUGGGCGAUUAUCUGCUGCGCGGUUACCGCAUGCUUGGCGAGACUUGCGCGGACUGCGGGACAAUCCUCCUCCAAGACAAACAGCGGAAAAUCUACUGCGUGGCUUGUCAGGAGCUUGAUUCAGACGUGGAUAAAGAUAAUCCGGCACUGAAUGCCCAGGCUGCCCUCUCCCAAGCUCGGGAGCACCAGCUCGCCUCUGCCACAGAGCCACCCUCAGGAUCUCGGCUCACACCCCAGCCCCCAGUACCCCGGCCGGAGCACUGUGAGGGAGCUGCAGCAGGGCUUAAAGCAGCCCAGGGGCCACCUUCUCCUGCUGUGCCUCCAGAUGCAGAUGCGGUGGCUUGCACACAGACAGCCCUCCUGCAGAAGCUGACCUGGGCUUCAGCUGAGCUGGGCUCCAGCGCCUCCCUGGAGAGUAGCAUCCAGCUGUGUGGCCUUAUUCGGGCCUGUGCUGAGGCCCUGCACAGCCUGAAGCAGCUGCAACACUAAGGACCCCCCCCCCACCGCCGCCCUGAAAAAUCCCGUAGAGAAGCUGUUCCUCUGUGUGGUUUCUUCUUUUCUUGGUUCUGAGUGUGCAUGCCAGCCCCAGCUCCACUUACUCUUUUCCUAAUUUGGGCCUUUCACCCUUCUGUGAUCUGUUCUUCCCGAUGCCCCGAAAGAAGAGGUGAGCUUAUUUUUGCUCAGUUUCUGCAAUCAGAAUGAGAGGUAGGUAGAGGGCUAUGUGAUAACUCCUUUUCUAAAGAAGAGGCCAUAGCCUCCUCAGAGACAGAAGUAAGAGGGCUGCCCACUAGCCUUGUCUCGAAAUGCCCCCUAGCCACUCCUUCCCUACCGGUUCUCCUCCCUCCCCUGAGCGUUCUCAUUCUAUUCCCACUCCAUACCCAUCCAGGUGCUCGGACACUGACAGGGGUUGUGGGGAACAUUGCACGUUAAGAGCCAAGGGUGGACUUGGUUUUCCCCUGAACCUCACUUUUAGAUCCGUGGGGAGGAUAAUUGUGCAGAACAUUGUGUAUGGGCUGGAAUAGCAAAGGGAACCGCCAGGGAACCAUAUCUGCCCUUUUUGGCCUCUUUCAUCCUCUUCCCCUUGUAUGGGCACCCCAGUAUGUUUAUUUUUCAGCUGUGCGCAACGCGGUCCCACCGCCCUGGCCGUUUUAAGGGAAGCCCCGCCCACUCGGGGAGGCGGGACCGAGGCGGAGUCUUUGGAGCAAGGGAAAGAACAAAGCGCGGCUUGCUGGUGGCGGCUGGGCUCGGCCGGUGAGGCCCUGCGGGCGGAGACCCGGGCGGAGCGUCGGAAAGGGAGGCAGCC